GCCAAAUUCAAACAGGGAACCGAGCCGCGCCGCGGGACGGCGGGGCCGGCAGCGCCGCCGGGGCUCCCUCCGCGACUCUGGACUUAUUCUUCUCAUUUUCAAUGGAGAGUGACUGUACAGAUCAAUAAUGAGGACCAGCCCUUGCAGGCCCUUAAUUCUCAAAAGACGGAAACUGGCCCUUCCACAGAAGGAUGCACCCAGUACUUCAGCAAGAGAUGAGCACAAUGGUCAGGGUCAAAAAACACCUAAGCAGGAGCACAGCCAAGAGGGCCAACAUGACAGCCGAGGUAGAGACAAAAUGGACUCUGGCCUGCAGAAAUUCCCAGCAGGAAUAAAAAUAAUCAACCAUCCUACCAUGCCCAACACACAAGUGGUGGCCAUCCCUGCAAAUGCUGAUAUUCAGAGCAUCAUAGAAGCCCUUACAGCAAAAGGAAAAGAAUGUGGAAAUAAUGGGCCCAACAAAUUCAUCCUCAUUAGCAGCGGGGGCACCUCUUGUUCAUCAGGUUCAGGACCGUCACAGCAUCUCCCCUCAGAGAAACCUGGUGCAGCCAUCAAGGCUGCUGAUGGUCAAGUAAGAGAGAAGAAUGUCAUGCAGACACCUGGGCUUGCAGGAGGGACAACGCUCUGGCAUUCAGGAGUUGAUUCCGUGGUUGCACAGGAACAGGAGAGCAACAGCAGUGGCGAGGCAAUGAGCUCUGUGCUGGAUAAUAGUCUCACUAACAUCCAGUGGUUGGGGAAGAUGAGAACUGAUGGACUAAGUCCCUGUUCUGUGAAGCAAGAUAUGGAGAAAGAGAACCAGAUACCUCUGCAGGAAAAAAUCAAGACUGAAGAAGAUUCUGCUGCUGUUGCCAUUCCUACCUCCUCUUCUUCCUCCUCCUCCUCCUGGCAGGAUUCGGUAUCAGAACGACCUCCUUACUCGUACAUGGCCAUGAUCCAGUUUGCCAUCAAUAGCACUGAGAGGAAGCGUAUGACUCUGAAGGACAUCUAUACCUGGAUUGAGGAUCAUUUCCCAUAUUUUAAACAUGUGGCUAAGCCAGGUUGGAAGAACUCCAUACGACACAACCUGUCCCUUCAUGAUAUGUUUGUCCGUGAGACAUCUGCUAAUGGUAAAAUCUCAUUUUGGACUAUUCACCCUGAUGCCAACCGCUGCCUAACAUUGGACCAAGUGUUUAAGCCGCUGGACUUGGGGUCACCAACAUCGCCUGAGCACUCUGAAUCACAGCAAAAGCGACAUGUUCCAGAUCCCCAGAAGAACAUGGGAAGCAGCAGCAAAACUGAACCCCAGAAUGCACGCCGAAAGAUGAAGCCUUUGCUUCCUCGCAUCAACUCCUACCUGGUUCCAAUUCAGUUUCCUGUGAGUCAGCCUCUUGUGUUGCAGCCUUCUAUGAAGGUUCCUCUAUCCAUGGCACAGGGAGCAUCCCUCAACAGCCCAGAGAGCUUCCAAUGCAAUAAACGCGUGCGCAUUGCUCCAAAGAUGUCAUUCUCUAUGGAUGAGUCAUCCUCUUUGCCUGUGGCUAUUGUCAAGGAAGAGAGUCAAUGUGAUGAAGGCCUAUUUUCUCAAACUUGUUCUCUAAAGGAGAGCAGCUCCCAACCUGGUGAGGAAUUGGCUUCUUUCCCUGAGACUUGCUGUAUAAAAGAGGAGGAGGUCUCACAGCUGGAUGCCUGGUUGUCCCCCUUUGCCUCAACCCUGACUGUAAAGGAAGAGCCAGCCUUGUUCCUCCCAGUCUCAGCCGCAACUGAGAAGAAACAUUUCACCGUAGUGAAGUCACCAUCUAAGAGUUUUUCUGACACGCUAGUUAUAAAGAGACGUGAGAGGGGGGAAAUGAGCAGAUCCAGAAGGAAACAGCACCUAGCACUGCCUUGCUCUGAAGAGCCUGUCCUUAUUUUGCCAGAGAGCAAUGACUUUGACCCUUUCCGGUUAGGGGCAGACUUAUCCUUCCUGCAGGAAAGCCAGCCGCCAGAGAAUGUAUCACAGCUCAGCUGCCUGCAGGGGGAAGAGGGGCCUUUCAAAACACCAGUCAAAGAGAUGUUCAGCAAAUUGCCAGUUUCUUCCACUCCCAGCAAAGUCCCAGCAAAUACUACUCCCCCCCUAGGAGGCCUUGAUCCCUGGAAGUCUGCAUCGUUAGCCAAGGGCAGUAAUGAGCUGGAUUUCAGUCCAGUGAGAACCCUUCAGUUGCCAUUCACGCCCCUCCAGGAGAACCAGGACUUGCUGGGUUUUAACAGUACACCCCUUAAAAAUCCUCUCUUUGAGUCCCCUCGGGAACUGCUCAAUACAGAAUCAAGUGACAUGGUGCAUGGCCCCCUCACAAGCUCUCCAGCUUUUACUCAUGAAUCUACCAAGCAGUUGUCUGUCGAACUGCCAGCUUCUGGCUUUACUGAAAACCGGUCACUCAUGGAGGGCCUGAUCUUGGACACUAUGAAUGACAGUUUGAGCAAAAUCCUUCUAGAUAUCAGCUUUCCUGGUCUUGAGGAUGAAAACUUAGGAACGGACAUUAGCUGGUCUCAGCUUAUACCUGAACUGAAGUAAACUGGCCAGAGGGCUGAAUUUGGCUUAUUUGGUAUUAUAGAAAGCACUCUCCUCCUCCGAGAUCUAUUCACAUAGUCUAAAAAGACUGUCUGCUUUUGAUUAAUUCCCUCAUUUGUGGGAAUACUGGGCACUACUGACUCCUGCUAAGCUGGGAGACAGGCCCAUUGGCUGCUAUGAACUCCCUUUUUGAGCUGCAAUAGACUAUUUAUGUGGGAUAAGAUACCCUCUCUCCAAGGACUCUCAUCUUUAGUACCAGGUUAGAGAGGUUCUUUCAGGAAAACAUCUAGAUAGACCCUGAAUGGCAUUGGCUACUCAAGGGAUCAGAGAGAGAUACUCCUCAGUUAUGUCCAAUAGAAAAGGCCCUGAGAACUUCCUCCUAGCUCUGUCCUUAAUUCCCUUUGCUUUGUUCUCCUCUUAUUUAGCAUCUUUUGUGUAGUUUUAAUGGCUGUAAAUAUUGUACAUUCCCUAAACUAGCUUUUAAUUAUAAUAGUAAUUUUAUUCUUGUAGGAUUAUCAUGGGAAUAUUUGGGCUGGUAAAGGGUUUAACUUAGUCUUGUCCAUAUGUCCCACUUGUCCUAUACUCCUUUACUCUAGAUGAGAGCCCAAAAUACUAUUUUAUUUUUUGACCUAAAAAACCCAUUGGCCUAGGCUGUUUUUAAUGUUGCUGGCACACAGAUAUGAAAAGUCAUCUCUAUGUACUGAGUGACUCAAGUUAAACAGAACCUAGGGGACUAGGUAGAGUCACUGUUGCAGUAAGAUGGGCUUUUACUGAAUGGUUAAACCAGUCCUCAUUAUAUCGUCAAUUGAAAAAAUGUUUUUAAAUAUAUAUAUAUAUUGGCAAGUGAAUGCCAAAAUUUUCACUGAAAAGUGACCUCUGAAAACACAAGGUAUGUUUCUAAGUGCAAUAGGGUGAUUCAUCCCAGUUCUCUAGAACUCAUAUCAAAAGAGGAAAUUGGUAUGGAAAAGACCUAAUCCUUCUGCUUACAGUCAAAUGAUGGCUCACGCAUCUACAUAUGCAAUAAAGUUUCUCUGGGAGCACA